AGUUAUUCGGUGGAAGUCAGUUAUGGAGAGGUUAUGAGUGCGGCUGAUACGGCGCUGUCAAUUUCGGUCAAAAUGGCCCCAGGGCCGGAGAAUAGACAGGAGCCUGUGGCACCUGACAAGGAACAGGAUGACGGAACAAGUGGUGGUGAUGGGGGAAAUACUGAGAGGAGUGAUGAUACCGCGGUCAGUGUUGUGGGGGGUGAGGGGGUUAUCAGUGGAAAUAGUACGAUCGAGGGGGGUACAACGGGGGAGAAACAGGAGGAACCAGGUACCUUCUCGACGUUGAACGAGAGAGAGCUGCGAGCGCUCCUCGAGGAGGCGUUUAGCUACAGGGGUUCCACCAGGGAUCGUGAGGGAAAGUCGAAUCUAUUCAAAGAACUUCUUCAGGAAGCUGAAGUCGAUGAGACUGAGGAGGGACGUCGUGUGGUGACGAGCACUAGAUGCAUACCAGGGUCAAAUAGACGUCGUCACAAGCGUGACUCGGUUUCUGAAAGGCUGACUCACGGUGGUUCAUUGCAAAAUUUGGCCCAACCGAUUAGUUUUGAAUUUGACAGUAGCUUUGCCUACCUCACGUCUGGUUCCAGUCACACAUAUGGUGGUGGCAGGAGAAAAGGAAAGAAACACACCGGACCUAGUGUGUCAGCGAGACAGAGGGAGGGUGGUUCAUUACCCUCCAAUGUAAACGCAACACACAGUCUUGCACCACUUGCUAAUCUCGAUUUACUUUUCGACAAAAAGAAGAGCUUCUACGAGGAGAGAGCAUCAUACGACUGGACAAACAAGGAAAAAUCAAAAUCCCUGGACAAGCCGACCUACGGUUGUACCACCAAAAAAGAGGACAAGGAUAAAGAUAAAAAGGACAUUAAACGUGAUACAACCGUUGCUAGUAUAGCGGUCAGUGAUAUUGAACCAGAUAAAAAGUGUUUAAAGGUGAAACAAACGACAAAUGAGAUGCUCGAGUCGGACAAUCCACCGCCAGAUUACAAACCUGAAUACAUGGUAAUUGAUAUCGAGGUGAAUGGAUUGAGCGACAGAAAUGUGGUGACCUCGGGUGCAUCGAGUGGCGGUACACAACGACCCCACUCAGCCCUGGACAUUAACGACGAUGAGGGCACUGAGAUGAAGAUCAUUGAGCCACGCAGACCCAUGCAACUGAUCUCCCGUACACAUUUCGAGACAGUCCAGACCCCUGUUGAUUCAGGUGUUGAUUAUUCACUUCGUGAACACAGUGGUAAACAGGAUAAACCAAAGAUAUCAUUUAAUGGCCCCGAAAUAUCUGGCACCCUUCAAUUACAAUCGUACAACAAUGUCAAGUGCGUUGUCAAUGGUACAAUGUCAGGUGGACAGCAGGGAAAAGUUGGCUCAAGUAUUCUACCAAUAAUGCAUUUGCCUGCAAUGGCUGUAUCGAGAGCACCAAUGCAGAACAUAGGAAUUAUAAAUAAAGAUGGAACGUUGAUUGAUAAAAAAUCACUGGAUGAGAAUGGUAAUGCUGUACAGGGGCACAAUGGUGAACGCAAGAAGACACGUAGAAAGCACACACAGGAGCCAAAUGUCAUAGUAUAUAAGGCUGAGAAUGUUGAGGGGCAUCAGGGAAAUGAGGACAUCGACAGUCUUAUUAACUUCAUCGAGAAUAAAGAGUCUAAAGGGAAAAAGGGCAAGACCAGUGGGGGAAGCACUGUUAAGGUGAAAACAUCCACUGGGGCAAAGCCUCGCAGCAGGGAGAAGGAUUCCAAGCGUGAACAACUGCCGUCGAAGCUGCAAAAGUCAAAUUCCCUCGAGGAAAUAUCAAAGACUAAACUCGAGGAUCUCACAGCUGAAAAGAGCAGCUCCAGUGGAUCGAGCAGUGUUUCAAGUCAACAUGGAUCUGUUAAUGGGACACUCAGGCGUGCUAAACAACGCAGCACCGGGGAUACUGUGGCUGAUUGCCGGGGGGAUAGGAGAUCCUGGGGCACUGAGGAGGGUCAGUCGAUAUACUGCAAUGAUAUUGGAGAUGAGUAUACUAGUACCGCGAGGAGAAAUUCUAACCGGAAAAUUAAUGCUGAAAUUGAACAGGAGCCAGAGUUUUUGGUUGUUACGAAGAAGAAGAAGAGUAAAAAACAGAGGAGAAGCUCCAGUGGGGGGAGGGCACAAAAUUUGAGAAGUUCAGCGUCAUAUUUGCCGAGGCCGAGGGGCUUUACUAAUGAGUAUAGAACACCACUGUCACCCGAAUUGAGGCGGAAGAGCGCUAGCAGCAUGCCACCGAGUGACAAAUCAGACAGUAGUGAUCUCGACUCAGUUCACUCACUCCCAGUGACAUCAAACACAAAACACAACAUGAAUAAAAAUCCGCCAUCAUCAGGCACACCACAAGCCAGUUACGCCGACAUUGCCCGCAUGGCAACGAUCAAUAUGUCACCGAGUUCCGUCCUCAAUAUCUCGACAAUGGUACCAAACAUGUUGAACACUGGAACGUGGCCAUCAGUGCCUGGUAAAUCACCAUCAGAACCAGACAAAUUCCCCCAGGACUACUAUCCCAGUCUCGACGAGCUUCAACAAUCUGAUCGUAAAUUACGCCAACAAAACUUUGCCAAUUCCAAUCACGUGCAGGGAUUUAGUUUGAGUUUUGAUAAGCCACCAUCGCCAACAAGCACCAAGGCGAAGAAUGCGUCAGAGUGUAAGAAGGCUGAGGCAAGGGAGGAGGCUAUUAACAAGAAGAUUCAGGUGAUAAAGUACGUGCAGGAGCAGAAGAACUUGACUGCUAACACCAAUCACAGUGUUCAUCAGAGUGAGGCACCAGUGACCCCUAAGCUCAAGAAUGCUGGAAAUAAUAAUUCCCUGGAGGAGACAACGGAGACGAGUCCCAAGGAUCCCAAUGCAAACAUCAGAAUUACGAAUUAUCAAAGAUCAAACAGAAGGAAUUAUCAGCAGACACCACCAGUGCCCCAGACUCCUGUAGUACAAAUGGACAAUGUGCAUCUCAAAAAAUCCCCCCAGGAUGACCUAAAGAAACCUCCAACUCCCCAGCUCGAGGAGCCACGAAAACACAAUCCAGUGACGUCUGACGAUCACCAGGAGGCAAAACCCAAGCAGCAGAAUCCAAAGUCUUUUUCACACAGCCAAAGUGAGUCUGACCCACAGAAACCCAUCGCGAAGAUAGAGAGAACGUCAAAAGGCCCGGCAAAAGAGCCUGUAGUCACGUCUCAGAAAGCAGAACCUUUGAAAAUAAUUAAUAAUCCCAAUCAAGGUUUCAAGGAGGACGAGGGUGACACCAAGAAACCAAAUAAAAUUGUAAACAAGGAGAAAGAGAUCAAGAGUGAGGUGCCUUCCACGAGGAAGAAUCCAAGACCAGCUGUUAUUCUGAUGGAUGAAACGUCGUCAGAUCAGUCCAGGAAUAAUGACUCACCAAGUGAAUUGACUUUUGGCUUUGAAGUUAACGAAUUGCUCCUCCAGUCUGAGGAGAGUGAGGAGAAGGUGGAGACACGUCAGAUUUUUGUGCCAGAACCACCGCAGAUAUUCGACAAACCACCACCCAAUUUCGAUAGACCACCUCCAAUCUUUGAUAAGCACAUGAGGUACGAGAAAUUUCCACCCAAUUUCCAUGUACCACCACCUCAUCCACAUCCAACUAUGAUCGUGCCAGCAAUUCCCUACGUUGGAUACUCACAGAGGUUUCAUCCCCCUGCCAAUACUUAUAUACCUGGACCACCUCCUGCUACUAUCAUUGAGAAGUAUCAUCAGCCCAAGGAGGACUUCUCAGCGAGAUAUGUGGCCCCUGAGGAAGCUGUCAAUGUGCAGAAUUAUAAUCAUGAUAAGAUUGUUAGUUUUGUUGGGCAUGCGUGGGACGCAGUAAUGCGUGAAAUGCCGGUGACGGCAGCGACUGGGCGGGUCCAGUACUAUAGUGGUCAGUGAGAUAAACUCUCAAAAAAAGUUGAUAACUGCUUCAAAUACAAAAAGUCUGUGACUUUUAUGACUCUGUGAGAUGCGGCAGAUCUUAAAAAAUCGUAAAGUACGUGAACAAAAUAAUGAUAAAAACUAAAAAAUAAUGCGGGACUGAAAGAUACGUGUGAUCACUACAGUGUGGGGUCUGAUGUAAAUUGAGGCAGAAGUGGCGUUUAACAGUGCUUUAUAAGUUUCCUCUUUAUUUCAUUUCUUAUUUUAUAUUUUUUCCUCUGUGGACUCAGUGAGGACUGAACUCCUGGGUUCGCCAGACUGUAUAUAAAUUGUAAGAUGGUGUCGGGGGGAGUACGUGACCAUUUAAAUGUGAGAAAAAAAAAUGAAGAAGAAACUUAAACGUCGAAGUUACUGCAGUUGGUGUUUAACGCCAUUCAGUCAUAUUGCAGUGGGGGUGGAGGAAAAAAAUUUAAUGAAAUUCGACCUCAACAACGAACUUUAAGGUUUAAACAAGAAGUAAUGUACAUAACGCGAGAUCUGGUAUAGUAUUUUCAGUAGUAAACGAACUUAAAAAGUGAAUUUUUACCCCCCCUCCCCCCGCCCCAAACCCCUCAAACCCCAGGAGAAUCAUGUUGGAGUGACAAGACACUGGUUUGUCUUGAUAACUAUUUGAGAGAAUAAAUUAUGGACACUGUGAGUGUAUUUAAUUUAUAAGAAAAUUAAAAAUUAAACACAGUUGAUGUGUUAAUAAGUGGAUUAUCAUCGACCUUGGGUGAAUAAUCCGGAGGUGAAUAUCAUCGAGAUGUCACUCGAUUAUGUGAGGCCAUAGAAGAGCUUUUACUUGCCCCAGUGUGAUUCGUCCAUCAUGAACAGAGUAAAUAAAUAUCAAAGUGCAUCACUCUAGUGGAUUACAAGUGUCAGGUGGACGACGCAAUAGGCACAACAGACGAAUUGAUAACAGCUCUGUGUAUAAAUUAUCAUUAUUGUGUGAUUGACUGUAUAUUUCGAUGAUGCUUCUUCCAGCUGCGGUGAAUGAUUUUUCAAAUCAUGCGGGAAAAUAAUGGCGAGAGAUCCAGAACAAUUUUUAUUCGAGGCGAGAAACAAUUUACCAUUGAUUCGUGCAAAAUAAGGACUGAUUUUCUCUGGAUUCUUUUUUUUGAAUAAUAGUGGGGAAAGUGAAAGGGGAAAUUAAUGGAGAGAAAAAUUAUUAAGAGUACAGAGACAGUCAUAAUGUUAGUUGGGAUUGUGGCGGUUAGAGAGAUGCUAUGAAAUCAUAAUAAACGGACUCGCUUAUUUAAUUAAUAUUAAAUAAAACUAAUAUUAUUGGAGAAUUAAGAAGUAAAGGAGAAAUAAUUAAUAAUUAUGAUAGAACGCUUGUCGUCCCGCGAGCUAUGCUGGGCUGUGGACACGAGGGCAACAGUCUGGGGACACUUGUGAACCCUCGCAGGAGGCGCAGGACGAUGUAUCGGGGUCCAUGGUUACUGCUUGAGUGGGGCAGGGGAGCGAUGUGAGAGUACAUGCCACUUCACUGCGGUGAGAAGGAAAUUAUUUUUGAUGAGUUCACGUUUUUUCGAGGGGAGAAAUUAUUCAUCGGGAGCUGAUAAUUUCUAAAGGAUUCAAAAUAAGUUCCAUGUACCAGAAUUAUGUCACGGUAACAUAUGUAUCACGGCCUUAAAUGAAUCGGGGUGAAAACAUGAAUAUUUUUUUAUUGAAUAGAAUGAUGAAAGGCGAAAAUUGGAUAAAAAUCAGUGGAUACUCAUUCUUUAGUUCUGGGAAACUAUGAACGAAUGAGAAUGCAUAGAUGAAUUGCAUAAAAUUACUUUAUUGCGUCAUUAUGCAGAUGUUAUCAAACGCCUAUAACUCCUUAAUUUUUUAAUUAUCUGUCAAACUAAAAAGAUUAGCGAUUUGUUCUUUAUUUAGUUUUCAUGCAUAACAAUGAAAGAAAUUCAUGCAAGAUCCCAAUUGGAAGAAUGAAUGAUCAUCGAGAAAUUGGAUUCAAAAUAAAUUCCAUAUAAAAACAUUAUGUCACCAUGAAAUAAGCAUGAUCGUUACGGCCUUAAAUGAACUCCAUCAAUAUUCAUUAAUUUCUCAUUGACUCGAAAAAUACUCCAUCUAUGUGGAAACAUGAAUAUUCUUUAUUGAAUACAAUGAUGAAUGACGAAAAUUGGACGGCAAUCGAUAGAUACUUAUUCUUUCGUAUUGAAAAAUAAUCAACAAUUGAGAAGCUAUAGAUAAUUUUUAAAAAAUUGUAUUUUUAGGUUCUCAUGCAGACAUUAUCAAUCGCGUAUAACUGAUUAUGUUUUUCAUUAUGUGUCAAAAUAGAGAGGCGAGGGUAAUGUUCUUUAUUCAGUUUUCAUCUACAACAAUUAAAGAAAUUCAUGCGAAGUCUCAAUUUUGAAAUUUAGGAGGAAUCAAUGAUCAUCGAGAAAUUGGAUUCCAAAUAAAUUAAAACAUAAUAAAGAAAUUAUGUCACUGUUAAAUAAGCAUGAUCGUUACGGCCUUAAAUAAACUUCAUCAACAUUCAUUAAUUUGUCAUUAACUCUAAAAUGAUUUCAUUUGUGAGGAAACAUGAAUAUUCUUUAUUGAGUACAACGAUGAAAGACGGAAAUUGGACGAAAAACAGUAGAUGCUCAUUUUUUCGUUUAGAAAAAUAAUAAAUAAGAAGCAAUGGAUAAUUUUUUAAAAUGCAUUUUACGUCAUCAAACAGGCAUUAUCAAUCGCCGACAACUAUUUUUUUACGUGGAACACAAUUCGAAUUUACUAGGUAUGAUCUUAAAAAUAUCCAUCGUCAAGAAAUAAUAAUUUCUCUCGUCAUGAACUUUUCAGAAAUAAUUCUUUCUUCCAUUGUAGGAGAAAUUGAACUAACAGUUCAAAUCAGACUGGAUUAAUUUUUUUUGUCGCUCUGGACAUGGAGAAUGGUUUCCGAGGGGAAUUUCAGUGAUGAAAAUUAUUCGGAAGUUUCGACUUUGGGGGAAUCUCUUGAGUGAAUGUUUACACUAGUCGUUUUUGCUUUCGAAUGGAAGCUUUUUUUUUUAAUCAGAGAUUGCGAGUUUGGGGUCGCGGCUGAAAUUCUUCAGGUUGGAAAUAGUUAUCCUCUCUGCAGAGCUUUGAGAAAUUAAAUUUUUGUUAUCUAUCAUUCGUCGAUUAAAAGUUAUCGACAUUUUAAUCAACUUUUGCUCAGCAUUUCUCAGUACUGAUCUUUCAUUUUUAUGACUAUAAAAGAGUGAAACGUAAACUAUUGUCUUCAUUUUUGGGAGCAGAAGUGAGCAUUUGGAGUGGUUUAUUAUUGAAAAGUUGAGGAUGACUGUGUAGCGAGUGAAAAUAAUUACUAAAAGCUUAAGUGGUUGAGGUUGAAAGUGUGACCCGCUGGUUGGGUCUGAACUGCGUUUUAGAGUUAUUGCAAGUGUGCCUAUCGCCCCCAAUACAGAAUUAUUCAAUCAAUGCAUUAUGAAAAUCACUUUUAUAAGACUCGACGUAGCUUCUCCUACUGAUUUAAUUAAAUGAGAGAAUUGAGGAUGACAAUUGUAGGUGUAAAUUUGUCUUCCUCGAGUAUUUUUUUUUCCUCUUCUCAAUCUCCAAUUUCGAGCAGUAACCAUGCGAACGAUAAAACAUAGUUGAUGAAAACAAAAAUUGUACCGAGAGAAACCGAAAGAAAAUAAAAAUUACAGAUUAAAAAUGACAAAAUCCAUAACGUAAAUAAAAUAAAUAACGGAGUUUAGAGCGGGGAGAAUAAAUAUUACCCAGAACACAGAAAAAGAAAAUAAAAAAAUUAAGAAAAAAUUAAAACACAAAAAAAUGAAUAAAAACCAUAAAAUUAAAU